AUGUGGCUUGGUGAUGAGGGUAGUGAUGAUGAUGGGUCAGAGGACAUGACCGGUUGGGAGCCAAGACCAAAGCUAUUCAUAAAACUCAAGGAGCCAAGACUGGCCAGCAUUCCUCGUAUUGGUAAUCUCAAUCGUGGUAACCCUUCGUUGCACACUCCUAAAGUAUUGGAAAUGCAUAGACAUCAGCCGGUCCGUGACAUAGUUACUGGUCUAGCUCUUGUUCAGCAAGGAAGAGCAACUCUUAUUCCUGAUACUGUUAAGCAGGCCCUUGAGGAGGACGGCAAGACGCUAAGUGAAGCGAUCGCCACAUUACCAGUAGAUUCCCUAUGGAGCCCAGUCCUCGCUGGAGCCCUCCAGAAGCUGGCAUUCACUACCAACACUCAGUCGGCAUCCUAUCGCCUACCACAGACUACCAUGUACAUCCUAUCCUUCUUAUAA